AUGCAUUUCUUCCCUAAGUUUGCGAAGAUUCUGCCGAACCGAAAGCCCCAAGUCCUGGACAAGGCUUCAUCUCGUACGAUGAAAUUCGUCGCUCCUUUCACAAAGGGAAAACCAGGUAAUCCCAGUAACUCACAUGCCAUCUUGUUGAGUUUAGGUUUUCUUUCUUGAGUUUAUAGAUAAUUGUUCCUCGGCACAAAUCAGACUGGAGGAGACAUGGGUGCCAAAAACUGAUGAUUAAGCAAAAUUCGAAUUCUGAUAAGACAGCGCUGAUCAGCAAUGUUAAUCGAUGUGGCUCUAAACGUUUUCGCUAUUUUUGAACCGGCCAAUCCUUCGCUUGAGUUUGAUAACUUUUCUGACACAAGAACAUUACAUGAUAAUACCAUAGCCUCUAAAAAUAACAAUUGCAAUUUAGCAAUAAAAAAAAACAUGGGAACUCGUUUUUUCAGGUAUAGACACAUUAAGCUAAAAUUCAGGGUGUUUUUGAGAGAGUCUAGGCAGUGCUUCCAGGGUAACUUUGUUUAUCAGUAAAGAAAUAAUUGCUUCUUGACAAAUCAUUGAGUAUUUUUAAGGACCACUUCCGAGAAAACAAACGAAAAAGAGAAGAAGCCACCAUCCACUAUAGACUAGGUAUAUUAAAAUGGAUAUAGUCCGUUUUUAAACGGCUGUUGUUCUUUUAAACACAAAGAGGGUUUAUACAAAAUUCAAAGUAAAAUAGAUCCAGGGGAUGAUGUUCAACAGUUAUGUAAACAACUGACCUGUCUAUAACUUAAUUACGACUGGUAUUUGUCUCUACUCACGAUGGAGUAAAUUUCGGAUCGAUUUGGGAACGGACAUAGUUGACUUCAAGAUACAAAGUGUUGGUUGGUCGCACUGGGUGCUAACUUAUUCCCUAAUUUUGAAUAUUACCAUUUGUCAUAUUUUUGCCUCACAAUAAUGUUGGUCCUCCUUUCCCUUGCAGGGCUAGCAUGGGUAUGUAAGUGGACGACGAACGGUUCACUACUCGCCUAUCAAGGUCAUGGUAUAUCCGAGUGGAAAAAUGACGCCAAAUUUUUCCAUUCUUUUAUCAACAAAAAUGGUCACGUGCUUGAUAGGGUUGAUUAUCACCACUGUGUUCCAAAAGGCGCAAUUGAGAGCGUGAAAGGUACCAAAGUACAUUUCUGUGAUGGCACAGAAGAGGAGGUUGAUAUCAUCAUUCAGUGCACCGGUUUCAAGGCAGAAUUUCCAAUGCUCCCCGCGGAAAUAAAAACGGUUCCUCUUACCCACAACUACAAGUAUCUGUUUAACGUCGAGGACCCGACAUUGGCUUUCAUCGGAUAUGUUCGGCCGGUGAUCGGAUCAUUAAUCACGAUCGCCGAGGUUCAAUCUAUUUUUACCGCGAAAGUUUUCUCAGGACUGUGUGAGCUUCCUUCCCGAGAUGAAAGGCAGAGAAUAGCUGUGAAAGACAAGUUAUUUUGGGACGACUACUUCAAAGAUUCCUCACGUAGACUUUCUACCUUGGUAGAAGCCUUCACUUACGGAGAUGACAUCGCUAGGUUAUGCGGAAUAUUUCCUGAUUAUUGGAAGAUGCUCAAAAGAAAUCCCCGUGGAGUUAUGACGGCGAUUUUUGCUCCCUACGAUGGCAGCUGUCUUCGACUAAAUCAGCCAGAAUACCAAGCGAAGGCGUUACGGCACUUGCGGCACCAGAUGUCCGGGACAUUCUCUCCAAUACAUUUACUUCUCAUCCUCUUCUUGCGGCUUAUCUGGUUCGACUUCUGGCAGGAUGUCCUCGGCGAGAUUAAGUACAAGAUUCAGUGCGCAGGAUGGUGGAAAAAAAUAAGAGAUUGUCGACCCAUACGUUUCUUAGAUUGGUGCUGGCAGGCUCCUAAGAGAUGGCUCUUUGAUUGUAAAACAAGAGCCUGA